ACUAGGUGCUCGCCAGAGCAUUUUUUUAAUAAUUUCCCGCAAAUUUUCCCGUAGUUCGUUCUAAUUCCUGAAAUAUCCAGGUAAUUUUCCGUUCCCGCCUCGCGAUUCCGACGGCCUGGAUCCCUGCUUCGCGAACUCGUCGGGCUCUUUGCGCCGCCCAAGAAGAACCCGUAACUCCGAUUUCUCGAAUUCGAGGCGUUGUUUCUCUGAUUUUUCAGACCUCAAGGCACCGUGUCCUCCUGUUGUUCCUCUCGGUCGGCGCCCUAAGUUGGAUGUGAAUCGCGUUUUCGAAUUUGGGUUUUCUUGAAAACUUGGCAGGGGUUCGGGUUUCCUCUGGAAUUUCGGUUUUGGAAUGAUUUCGGGUGGCCGCUUCGUCGUCUGAUCUGAGGGAUCUUUCGCCAAUGGCUCGUCGAGACCAAGCACCGAAUAUGGACUUGUUCGACUUGUACUUCCGGAGGGCGGAUUUGGAUCAGGACGGUAGGAUCAGUGGCAAUGAGGCAGUUGCGUUUUUUCAAGGAUCGAAUCUGCCAAAACACAUUCUUGCGCAGAUAUGGAUGCAUGCAGAUCAGAACCGGACAGGUUUCUUAGGUCGUUUGGAGUUCUAUAAUGCUUUGAAGCUUGUGACGGUGGCACAAAGUGGGAGGGAAUUAACUCCAGACAUAGUUAAGGCAGCUUUGGUUGGUCCUGCUUCGGCUAAAAUUCCCCCACCACAGAUAAGUACUGGGCCUGCACCUGUGCCUCAGGUGAAUGCUGUUGCACCAUCUUCGGUGCAAAUGAAUGUUGUUCGAACACCUGGAUUUCAGAUGAACACUGUCGCACAGACUAUGCCUCAGAUAAAUCCUGGAGCACUACCUGUGUCUCACAAUCCUGGCAUCCGUGGACCACAACCACCAAACAAUUUGAGCCAACAAUUUGCUCCAUCCUUUGACAAUCAAUUUAUGAGACCUCCAGGUGCACAAAUUUCUUCUAUUCCAGCUCAAGGGAUUAAGCAAAAUGUUCCUCCAGGUAGUAUGGCAGGAUCACACAUUACAAGCUCAAAUAUAUCAGCUGAUUGGGUUGGAAAUCGGACAAUCAAUUCAACAGCAGGUGCCACUUCACAGGUUCUUAGUAGAGGAGCUGUAGUCUCAAGUGCACCCCUGGAUGCCUUAUCUGCAGUUACGCCAUCAAUCCCUCCACAAGCAUCUCAAGAUAUGGCAUUGUCUGUAGUUCAGCCCAUGACCAAGGAUUCUAAGAGUAUUCAUUCUGGAAAAACUUUGUCGUUGGAUUCAAUAUUUGGAGGUGAUGUGUUUUCUGCCACUCCAUCUCAACCUAAGCUGGACAUUGUUCCAUCCCCUACACUUACUGCGUCAAAUGUUUCAAAUUCAUCUGCACUUGUCCCAGUCACUUCUUCUGGGUUUCAAACUUCAGGAAAACAGGGCCCUGACAUGAUUCAGAGCUCUUUGACAAAUGCACCAGCUGGUGGCCAGCUGCAGCAAGAUUUAUCUUUAGUUAAGCAGAACCAGAUUGAUUCUCAACAGACUGCUCCAGUCUUACGUGGACCUGGAAUUUCAGUUGGUGUUUCUGGUCCUGUAUCAAAUCUGGUUCAGACUCCUUGGCCAAAAAUAACCCAAUCAGACAUUCAGAGGUACAAUGCCAUCUUUGUUGAGGUAGACACAGAUCGUGAUGGGAAAAUUACUGGUGAGCAGGCUCGGAAUCUGUUCCUCAGUUGGAGGUUGCCUAGAGAGGUUUUGAAGCAGGUCUGGGACUUAUCUGAUCAGGAUAAUGACAGCAUGCUUUCACUGAAAGAAUUUUGUACUGCACUGUACUUGAUGGAAAGAUACAGGGAAGGCCGACCUCUCCCAGCAGUACUUCCAGAUAGUAUGAAGUUUGACGAAGCAUUCUUGCCUGCUGUGAGUCAACAUGCUGGGACUUUUGGUGGUGCAGCCUGGCGGCCAACACAUGGCAUCCCUCGGCAAAUGGCUUCUGGAACACAUCCUGUUGCUCCUGCAGCUGUCCCAAAAGCAACAGGGCAGUAUCAGAUGCCUCCUUCAAGUGAUGGAGCUAAUGCAACACAACCUUUACAGCAGAAAUCCAAAGUUCCAGUGUUAGAGAAACACCUUGUGAACCAACUCAGCCAGGAAGAACAAACUUCAUUAAACUCCAAAUGCAAAGAAGCUACGGAGUCUGAGAAAAAGGUUGAAGAACUAGAGAAGGAGAUACUUGAAUCUAAGGAAAAGAUAGAGUUCUAUCGGGCCAAAAUGCAAGAGCUGGUUUUGUACAAGAGCAGAUGUGAUAGUCGUCUGAAUGAGAUCAUUGAAAGAGCUUCUGCUGAUAAGCGUGAGGUUGAGUCAUUAGCAAAGAAAUAUGAAGAAAAGUACAAGCAUACUGGCGAUGUGGCUUCUAAAUUGACUGUAGAGGAGGCUACAUUUCGUGAAAUCCAGGAAAAGAAAUUGGAAAUAUACCGUGCUAUUGUUAAGAUGGAGCAAGGUGGAACUGCUGAUGGUGUGCUUCAGGCACGUGCAGAUAAAAUACAGUCAGACUUGGAGGAGCUAGUCAGAUCCUUGAAAGAACGAUGCAAGCGCUAUGGAUUGCGAGUUAAACCAAUGGUCAUAAUGGAGCUUCCAUCUGGUUGGCAACCUGGCAUUCAAGAGGAUGCUGCAGAAUGGGAUGAUGACUGGGAUAAAUUUGAAGAUGAAGGCUUCACGAUUGCACAAGAACUUACAGUUGAAGAAGCAAUAGCAGCAACCAGUGCAAAACCGACAGGCAAGGAGGAAUUCUCUGCCAUGUCAAUCUCAAAUUUUGAUAGUCCAGUGGAAAAACUUUCUGCUCCAGGUCAACAUGUCACUGCAGGUGGAUCUGCUUAUCCUCAAAGUGAAGAUGAAUCAACAAAAAGUGGGCCUUUUAGUCCUGCAAAAGGUGGAUCAGAUAGUCCACCUCAGGAGUUUUCUGCCUCACAGUAUGAUGAAAGCGUUAGGUUGGAUUCUUCUCCCACUAUCAAGGACAACCAAAGUAAUCAUCAUAUUGGUGAAUCUACCCGAACUAGUGACAUGUUUGGUGACGAAUCCUCUUGGGCAGCAGCCUUCAAUGAUGCAAAUGACGAUGUUGAUUCUGUGUGGGGUUUUAAUGCAGUUAGCUCCAAGGAUCCUGAUCAUGGGCAGUGGAGCAAAGAUUCUUUCUUUGGGUCGGAUGACAUGGGUUUAAACCCCAUCAGAACAGGUUCACCUGGUGCAAGCAGUUCAUUCGAGAAGAAAGAGAAGAGCCCGUUCUUGUUUGGAGAUUCGGUACCUGUUUCACCAUCUUUUAAUUCAAAUUCACCUACAUACAGCAUAAGUUCUGAAGAUCACCAAUUUGGGAGCACCUUCACAAAAUUCGAUUCUUUUAGCAUGCAAGACAGCACUUCUCCUAGACAUAACGCUACCUUUGCUCGGUUUGACUCCAUUCGAAGUACUAGUGAUUUUGACCACAGCCAUGGUUUUUCAUCCUUUGAUGACACGGAUCUUUUUGGAACAACGGGGCCAUUUAAAUCGGAUAAUAGUACUCCAAGGAAGAGAUCAGAUAAUUGGAAUGCAUUCUAGAAGAUUCGUUGUAAUGUGUUUUUUUUUUUUUUUUUUUUUUGUAUUUCUUUUUCCCCCUCUACUGGAACUUUGCUCCGGUUGAUGUAAUCUACAUGGAUGAAAUGCUUGUGUCUGAUAUCUUUUUUUUUUCCCUCCUUUAAUUCUUAUGAAAAAUCUUUUUCUUUUUCUGGUGGGUCAAAUUUUGUGUAAGAAUAUUGGUCUGUAAUUUUUACCUUCGGCAUUCAGUUUGAAGAUCCAUAUGAUUUUAUGCCA